AUGGAGACGCCUGCUGCGCCAGCUGAAGAAACAGCGGUUGGCAAGGAGCCAAUCGAGGAAUGCCAAUAUCCAGAUGUGACUUGGCGCAUGGUGCAAGGGUACCGGCAAGUAAGUCUUGCUGAGGAAGAAAAACUCCAGCACUUUCUAGCCAGGAAUUCCAAGAAGGAGCAGGAGCACUGCAAGGAACUUCAACCCAGGAAACUCCACCUAAGAAAUUUCUCUGCAGAAAGAGGCAAGCCAGCAACUCCCUUAAAUUCCACAAAAGGGAAUUCCAAGAAGGAGCAGGAGCACUGCAAGGAACUUCCACCCAGGAAACUCCACCUAAGAAUUCCGCCCAAGAAGCAAGGAACUUCCACCCAGGAACUCCACCUAGGUACUGAACUGGUGGAGCGGUCGCCGGCAGUCACCAUGCUGGCGAAUCAAAACAUGCUGAUCGUCACGAUGCAGGCCUGUCACCGUCACACCGGGUCGGUUCUGGCCAUGUUGAGCAAGGCUUGCAGCCGGUUGAACCUGUCCGACUUGGCCAGCGAGUGUGAGCAGGUGAGAACCAUCAUGCAGGACACGGACACAAUGUUUGCCACCUUGCGUGAUUCUUCCACGGCUGACCUUUCACAGGUUCUUGCAGAUGUCAAGAAGUAUGCUUCCGAGGUAGUGGAGGCCGAAUCGCGAGAAUUGCAAUCAAGCCUCAAGCAGCGAUCAGAGGCUGCGGAGCACCAGCUGAAUGAGCGUUUCAAGACCUUCAGCGACCGGCUCCUGGCAGAUGCCGGGGCUGCAGGUGGUGCAACUCCGGAAGGUGGUCGCAAGGUGGGCGAAGCUCAACUGUUGAAAAAGAUGACCAACAGGAUGACAGACUUCGAGAGUCAAGUCUCCUCGCAGAUCCAGGCCUUGUCGCAUGAUGUUGAGAAGAAGAUCGCCUUCCUGGGAACCCAGCGAAUGCCAGGUGGAGAAGCAGCUCCUGGCGUGGAUAGCCUCUCACACGAGUUGGAUUCCGUGAAGUACGACAUGGGUGAGCUAAAGGACGUUCUGCAGAGUGCCAAGGCGGAAACGGCCCAAGUGAAGCGAAUCGUCCUGUCCUGCGAGCGAGACAUGGAGGACUUCACGGCGGCCAUGGAUGCGGUGAACGUCGACCUGGAUGAGAUGAGAGCGCGAGUGGACUCCACCCAUUCGAUCAUCACUUCGCGGCAGAGAAUUGAGGCCACCAUUACGGCGGAGAUCUCGACCAUGCGACUGGACAUGGGAGAUAUGCAGGAAGCCUUAAAGGCGCACGACGCUUGGAUGGAGGACGUAUCCCAGAGCCUGCAGGAGGCCCAUGAACGCUGUCAGCAGCUUUCGGAGGACAUCGUUGUGCAUGCACAGCAAACGCAGGCGAAACUGGAUGCGAAGACAGACCUCACUGCCUGGAAUGAUAUGAAUGAUGACAUUGAUGCUUCUGUGAAGACAGUCCGAGACAUGGCCAGCGCGCUACGCUUGGAGGUGGACUCGCGACGGCGGAAGGUCGACGAGGCCUUAUCCACCUUUCGUAGCGACUUAAAGAGGUUGGAUGAGAAGGCCGACUCUCAAGUGGCCGAAAUUCAGCGAGCCGCAGAAGAGUCGAUGGCAGCUGUGAACCAGCGCUUGGAGGAGCGUUCACAGCACUCCCGGGACUUGGAAGCAACGUUGAAUCGCCACGCGGAUGCGCAUGCCAGCAUGAACGCGAAGGUCGACGCGAAUCUGCAAGAGGUGCAAAAUCGAAUCAGCCAUGUGGAGGCAACACUCUCGAAGCAGGAUGAAGAUCUCCACAAAGAGGCGAACGAUCGCAUUGAAAAUCUGGAACGACACCAUUCCAACAUUUCGAAGGAGACUGCCAAGAGAUUGAAUGCCCUGGAUUUGCGGAUCGCUGGGCUUCAAGGAGCCAGUGGUGAGUCCAAGCGUGACAUCGGCAAGCUGAGAGAUGAGGUGAACUCUUUGACGGUGAAGAGUGCAGCUCAUGAUGUGGACAUCGGAAAGAACAGUGACGACCUGCGGAAAGCUGAGAGGCAGCGGCUAGAGGACAACAACCGCCACAAGCAGGAUGUCGAUGGAAUCUAUGAAGAGUUGGAUCAGAAGGUCUACGAAAAAAACUUCCUGAGUUUAGAGGACAAUGUCACAAAGCUGACCCGCGGAGCCGUGAAGCUUUGCCAGGUGGUUGGCGUGUUCCCAGGGGCACGCAUGAACGACGGCACUGAGGAGGAGUUGGAUGUGGAUGUCGAGCUGCUGAACUGGGAGGACUGUGCCCAGAACUUGGUGGCUCGAGUGGACAAGACCUGGCGCCAGCUCUCCUCCCAGAAAUAUCGAAGUAUUCUUGACCUGGUGAGCAAGAAGGCGGACCAUUCGGUGCUACGACUCCUUCAGAUCUCCCAGCAGCAUAUUGAGAGCCAGCUGGAUAGAAUACGGCACGAACGCGAGCUCUGGAAAGAGGUUGUUGAUAAGAGAGCUCAGCAGCCGCUACAGUUGGCGCUCACUCUCAAGGACCCUCACACAGGGGCGACCAUUCCAGCACCUCAAGGCUACAGCAUGCCGGGCGGCAUGGCGCCUCCAGGCAUGCCAAUUACGCCCAGAGGGCCAAUGCCAUGUGGCAGCUUAGAGCCAAUCGUUCCGCCACAGCCGUCAGGGAGCUUGGCGGGGGGCAUCACCUUUGGCAAAGCGGAUUGCGCGACCAAAUGUGACGUCCGGUGGCAGAAAGUUUGGUGCGAGCAAUGGGCUGAGUUUUACGAGCAUGUCGUUCGAACUGAACGUCGUCCCGUUGGCAGAUCAAAGGAAAUCUUCUUCUCCUUGGCGUGGUUAGCCUUGGAUGCGGGCAUUUUUGAGUCCAACACGAGUCGGUUCUGA